AUGGGAACACUCAUGGGCUAUUACGAGAAGGGAUCCAUUCAGGUGACCAACUGUUUCGCAAUCCCCUUCAACGAGAGCAACGACGAUCUGGAAAUAGACGAUCAAUUCAAUCAGCAAAUGAUCUCCGCACUCAAGAAGACGUCACCGAAUGAGCAACCGGUCGGAUGGUUCCUCACCACUUCCGAUAUAACGUCCUCGUGUCUCAUCUACCACGACUACUACGUGGUGUCAUCACCGAAGCAUCGGCACGUCAUGAUUAUUCGCCUCAUCACUCCAUUUUCAGGAGACAUGACCAAGCGUAUGCCAGUCAGAGCCUACCUCCGCUCGAAGGCCGGAAUCCCAGGAGCCGCCGGACCACACUGCGCGAUUUUCAAUCCACUCCGUGUCGAGUUGGCCGCAUUCCCCGGAGAAUUGGUUGCCAUGCAGCUGAUGGAGAAGGCGUUAGACUCGAGACGACGUGAGGCGACGCUGGAGAGCGGUCUGGAGCAGUUGGAGGUGUCGACUGCGCAGAUGAUCGAGUGGUUGGAGAGAAUGUUGAGCUACGUGGAAGGUGUCAAUAAGGACGGUGAGAAGCCGGGAGACGCUCAAAUCGGUCGUCAACUCAUGGAUAUUGUCACCUCGUCGUCGAACAACAUGCAACCGGACAAGCUUGAUGCGCUCGUCAAGAACACGCUUCGUGACUACGUCAUGGUCUCGUACCUCGCCAAACUGACCCAAACUCAACUUCAAGUCCACGAGCGUCUCGUUUCUGCCUAG